AUGCCGGAUUUUGACGACCAGCACAAGCAACUCGCUCUCGAACGCAGAGCAUCAUGCUCCCAGCACGCACCCUUUCCCACAGAAGAGAGCCGUCGCGUCGCUUUGGCAACUAUAUCAACGGGCAAACGCAUCCCCGCAUACGACGGUGCGAUCCAAACCCAAAUGUUCCAUGCAGCCGUUCACGGAACAUCAGCGCAUGUCCUUUGCGAAGAUCUCGCCCCUGGCGCCUGGAACAAGAUCGCCUACCUCCAGCAUCUCACUCUGACUGAGCUACUCAAGCCAGAAGAUGAGCGGCUAGAGUGGAUCUUGUGGAUAGAUCGCGACGCCAUCGUCCUCGAUGCAUGCCGUCCUCUAUCGUCCUUCUUGCCCCCAAACAGUCCCGAAUUCGACAAGUACCACAUCAUCACGAACCACGAUAUGAACGGUCUAAACGCCGGUGUUUUUCUUUUUCGAGUGAACAAAUGGUCAUCCAUGUUCUUCUCUGCUGUCCUGGCAUACCCCCUAUACUAUCCAGACGUAGAUCUCGGUUUCGCGGAGCAAACCGCCAUGCAGUUAGUCCUUUCUUCGGCUGAAUGGAAGGACCAUCAAGCCAUUGUUCCGCAACAUUGGUUCAACUUAUACCCGGAUGGAGAUCAGAGCGUCCCUGCCUACAUUUCAGGUGUGGAGAGGCCGAACCUGGAGUCAUGGCGUGUGAGGAGAGGAGAUUUUGUACUACACUUCGCAGGAAAUAAUGAAAGGGAGAAGAUCAUGUUGGACUGGUAUGAUCUGCUGGCAGAGACUGGGAACAUUUGGGAAACUGGUGUAACGAGGGACAUCACGGCGGAGAUUAAACAAUACUGGGAUCAUCUCGGGCAUGCUAGCAACGAUGAGAAGAAACCCCCUAAGCAAGAGUACGCGCCGGUUCUAAAAGGACCGAAGAAGCAGCCGAAGCCUCCAAAGGAGGAGAGGCCUACAGAGGUAGAGAACAAAAAGCCUCCGAAAGAACAGCACAAGAAACCCACAGAAGAGAAAAAGCCUCAAAAAGAAGAGUACAAGAAACCUACAGAAGAGAAAAAGAAACCUACAGAAGGAGAGUACAAGAAACCUACACAAGGAGAGUACAAGAAACCUACACAAGGAGAGAACAAGAAACCUGCACAAGGAGAGAACAAGAAACCUGCACAAGGAGAGAACAAGAAACCUGCACAAGGAGAGAACAAAGAGCCUCAGAAAGAAGUGGGCAAGAAUGGCGCUGGGGAUGCAAAGGAUUCCGCAGCACUCGCCGAAUGCUUCAUCACCGGCGCAAAAGGUGGCACUGAGCCACACGUCACAAGGGAAUGCCGGUAUUGCACGGACGGGUAUACGUAUUCCUCGGGAAAGGUGAAGAUGGAAGCACUUCAUGGAAGCAGGUUCUAG